GUAAUAUACAAUCUGGUUUGUUUGAACAAAAGAAGGGGAAAUUCCCAAUAUGGCCAGAGUGGAGUGAAGCUGACAUAAAUGCAGAGAAAUGGGAUGCGGGGAAAGCUGCGAAAGAAAAGGACAAAACGGGCAAAAGCCCUGUAUUUCAUUUUUUUGAAGAUCCUGAAGGAAAGAUUGAAUUACCACCAUCGUUGAAAAUUUAUACCUGGAAACGUCCACAGGACAUUAUAUUUCAUAGGACUCCAGUGGUUGUGAAAAAUGAAACCAUGUUUGACUUGUUUUCAGCAAAUGAGCAUUUACUCGGCAGCGAGCUAAUGAGAUGGAUUAUCAGUGAACUUUAUGCAGUGUGGAAGAUAUUCAAUGGAGGAGCUCUGAACAACUCUUUGAAAAGCAGUUCAGGAGAACCCCCUAUUCUCUCCUGGAAGCCUUGGGAGCACAUAUAUUCUCUAUGCAAAGCUGUGAAGGGUCACAUGCCUUUGUUCAACAGCUAUGGAAAGUACAUUGUCAAACUUUUCUGGAUGGGUUGCUGGAGAAAAAUAACUAUUGAUGACUUUCUUCCAUUUGAUGAAGAAAACAACCUAUUGCUUCCCGCUACGACUAAUGACAUUGAACUCUGGCCAAUGCUUUUGUCCAAAGCUAUCAUUAAGUUGGCAAAUGUCGACAUCCAUGCGGCAGACAGGCGCGAGCUGGGCGAGUUCACCAUUAUCCAUGCACUCACCGGGUGGUUACCAGAAGUCAUUUCUCUAAACCCCAAUUAUGUGGACAAAGUCUGGGAGCUCUUGAAAGAAAUCCUGCCCGAGUUUAAACUUCCCGAGGAGCCAUGCUCGGACAGCAAAAUCACAGUGAUCGAGCCCAAGCUGAAAGAACCGGGGAGAGAAGCGAGAGAUGGCAAAGACUCGAGAGAGGGCAAAGAAGGGAAAGAACUUAAAGACACCAAACCAGAAAUUUCUCAGACGACACUCAAAGUACUGGAUAAAAGUGACAAAACGCUAAAGGAGAAAGCAGAUGCAAAAGACCUUGGGAAGAAGAGGAGUAAAGAUGGAGAAAAAGAAAAAGAAAAGGAAAAAUUCAAAUUCUCAUUUCAUGGUUCAAGACCCUCAUCAGAUGUGCAAUACUCCCUGCAGUCCCUGUCAGACUGUUCUUCGGCAACACUGCCCCCUCACAUGGUGGUAUACGCUACCUUUACGCCUCUCUAUUUGUUUGAAAAGAAGAUCUUUUCAUUGGAGACGAUGGCAGAUUCUGCUGAGAAGCUCCGAGAAUACGGGCUCUCGCACAUCUGUAGCCACCCUGUGCUGGUGACCAGAACAAGGUCUUGUCCUCUUAUAGCCCCACCCAAACCACCACCGGUACCUGCCUGGAAGCUCAUCCGUCAAAAAAAGGAAACGGUGGUGACAGAUGAAGCCCAAGAACCAGUAGUGAAGAAACCUGAACAGUUUCUUGAGAUUUCAAGUCCAUUUUUGAAUUAUAGAUUGCAUCCAUUUACAAUUCCAACAGAAACGCGUUAUAUAAAAUCUUACAUUAAGAAAGGACUGCCCCCAGGACCAGGUUUGUCUUCUCUCCCGGAGACUGAUGAAGCGGCAAACAGCCUGACGGACGUGAGUCCAGUGACCAGAAAUGUUUCCCAGGGAAAUAUUAAUUCACAAAUUGUACUUGGAAAAGAUGAACAACCAGAGGUCGGGCAGACCGACGCAGCACAUCCACCUGAAGGACUCAGUUACCAAGAUUUUGUCAACCUGAUGCCAUCCGUGCAGGAAAAAUCUCAGGAGGAGCUAUCCAUAAACACUAGUAUCGUGAAAGAAACAUGGUUGGACUACGACGACUUCUGCGUGUGCUUUCAGAAUAUAUAUAUUUUCCACAAGCCAAAUUCAUAUUGCUUCAACUUUCAGAAAUCAGAAUGUAAGUUCUCAGAUGAACGUGUGUCCUACUAUAUGUCUGUGGACAGUCUAAAACCGAUUGAACUACUAGUGUGCCUUUCUGCUUUGGUCCGCUGGGGAGAAUCCGGAGCUUUAACAAAAGACAGUCCUCACGUAGAGCCUGGACUACUCAUGGCUGAAGAAAUUUCUUGGAAAUCUCUGAAGCCACGAAGCCUUGUUCUGAAGAUUCAUACUUAUGCUACCAAGGCUGCCAUGGUCCGUCUGCCUGUUGGGAGACACAUGCUGCUCUUCACUAUCUACUCCCCGAUUGGACAUUACAUACAUGUCUGCAGCAUGGUGACAUUUGUUGUGGGAGAUGAAGAUGUGGUGCUACCCAACUUUGAGCCGGAGAGCUACCGAUUUACGGAACAGUCUCUAAUAAUUAUGAAAGCUAUUGGGAAUGUGAUUGCUAAUUUCAAAGAUAAGGCUAAACUCAAUGCAGCACUGAAGGAUUUGAAGGCAGCUCACUAUCCUGUGGCCCUCCAGGAUAAAGAACUAACUGCUCAACACUUCAGGGUCUUUCAUCUUUCUUUGUGGCGCUUAAUGAAAAAAGUUCAAAUAAUGAAAGCUCCUUCGAACAUCAAGUUUGCAUUUCGUGCUCUGGUUUUGGAUUUGGAUUUACUCGAAUCCCUCUUGGAAGAGACCUCUUUGGCCGAAUGGGUAGAUAUUAAAUAUUCUUCACCAGUUUCUGAGAAAGUAUAUUCUCCCGAGGAAGUAGCGGCUGCAAUUAAAAUUCAGUCCAUGUGGAGAGGAACUUAUGUUAGAUUACUAUUGAAAGCCAGAACACCAGACACAAAAGAAAAUAUCCUUGUUUCUGAUACUCUUCAAAAAUUUUGGGCUGUGGUGGAAAUGAAUAUGGAGCAAUAUUCAGUUUCUCUCUUAAGAUUAAUGUUUAAAAGCAAGUGCAGGUCUAUUGAAUCCUACCCAUGCUAUCAAGAUGAAGAAACUAAGAUUGCAUUUGCUGACUAUUCUGUGAAUUAUCCAGACCAGCCACCAAAUUCUUGGUUUAUAGUUUUCAGAGAAGUAUUUUUGGUUCCUCAAGAUAUGAUUGUGGUCCCUAAAAUAUACACAACCCUUCCAGUCUGCAUGCUGCACGUUGUUAAUAAUGACACAUUGGAGCAGGUGCCAAAGGUAUUCCAAAAAGUGGUGCCUUAUCUCUAUACCAAGAACAAGAAAGGGUACACAUUUGUAGCCGAGGCAUUUACCGGAGAGGCAUUUGUAGCAGCUGCACGGUGGAAACUACGCAUCAUCGGGUCUUACCAUCCGCUCCCAUGCCUCGCUCGAGAAAUUCCCAGCAAUACCUUUGCCAUGAAAGAAAUCAGAGAUUAUUACAUACCCAAUGAUAAGAAACUGGUCUUCAGCAAGCAAAUUCUUUUUACUCAUCCCUCUCCCAAGAAAGAGCCAGAGACAUAUGUGAAGAAGAGGUCUGCGAUAGGGAGUCAGAAGUCCAAUAAGGGGAGACCUGGAAGUGCAGCAACAGACGUGAGUCCCGUCAGCGUGGAUGAGGAGAAUGUCGUCGUUGUGCCCAUCAUAGAAGAGACUCCCAGCACACCGCAGCAGGCUUACAAGUAUAUUAUACAAUGUUUGGUAUUGUAUAAUAGUUGGUGUCUCACUGAAAAUCAGCUGACGUUUGUUCAAGCACUGAAAGACGUAGAGAAAAAUGAUACCAAAGCUCAAGGGGAGAAGCAUGAGGAAUCCAUCACCAUGGGCAGCCCAGAUUCCCACACUGUCAGCGAAGGGCAAAAGACUUCGGGAACUUCCAAAACAACAAGGAAAGGCAAAGAAAAGUCCUCUGAGAAAGACAAGGUCGCCAAAGACAAACAAGUGCCUCGCUUUGAGCCUCAGGUAUCUGCUGUUCAGUCUCAGCAAGAUGACCCCAACAAACCUUACUGGGUUUUGAGGUUGGUCACUGAACACAAUGAAGUGGAACUACUAGAAGUAAAGAAAGAUACAGAGCGAGCAGACGAAAUCCGAGCCCUGAAGCAAGCCUGGGAGAUGACUGAGCCUGGAAGAGCAAUUAAGGCAGCUCAGGCUCGUUUGAAUUACCUCAGCCAGUUCGUUAAGAAAGGGCCCGAUGCUGAGAGUGAGCAUGUGGCUGAAACUCAAGCAAAGCAUGGAGCUAUGGGACACCGGCAAUCCAGGAGUUCCAUAGGUGGAAAUGGCACCCCUUCAAGAGGCCUGCUCUGGAAGAAGUGGCAGCUGGGGAGAACCAUAAGUCACUUGACAAAAUUUAUAAGCCAUGACAGAUCUGGAGCCUCUGCAGCAGCAAAGCAGGAUCAUGAUCAUAGCACACGAAAGGAUAUCUGUAAGUAUUUCUCUCACUAA